UGACAACGGUUGCGUUGUCGAAGCGUUUUUUUUCACCGUGGGGAACUAACUGACCAAUCAGAAGUCACCAAAAAACAGGGCGGUAUAUAACUGACGUCACGUGUAUUGUAGAAAAAAAAUUGCAAGUUAUCGUCAACGGGAGUGUCUUCAACAUGAGUGGAAUCGACAGUCUCGCUCAACGAUCAGGAAUGUCAGCUGCCAACGACACCGUAGAUCGACUCAACCAGUUCAAAAACAAAGGGAAAGAUGCCAAUGAGAUUAGGCGCAGGAGAGCGGAAGUCAACGUGGAGCUACGGAAAGCAAAGAAAGACGAUCAGAUCCUGAAGAGGAGAAAUGUCCAAGACCUUCUGGACGAGCCAACCUCUCCUCUCCAAGAGAAAGAUUCACAGCCUCCUCAAUACUGGUCUGUGGAGGAGAUUGUAGUUGGUGUGAACAGCCAGAAUCUAGAUCAUCAGCUGCAAGCCACACAGGCGGCCAGGAGACUUCUUUCAAGAGAAAAGCACCCGCCGAUUGAUAGCAUUAUUGAUGCCGGCCUCAUCCAAAAGUUUGUUAGUUUUCUGGCAAUGUCUGAAUGCCCUCCCAUCCAGUUUGAGGCAGCUUGGGCCCUGACCAACAUCGCCUCAGGUACCUCAGAGCAGACCACUGCAGUAGUGGAAGGAGGAGCCAUCCAGGCCUUCAUCUACCUAGUGACCUCUCCGCACCCGCACAUCAGUGAGCAGGCCAUUUGGGCCUUGGGAAAUAUUGCAGGUGACGGAUCCAACUACAGAGACUUGGUGAUCAAACAUGGCGGUCUCCAGCCACUUCUAACCUUGCUUGCUGCCCCUGACCUGUCUGUGUUUCCUUCGGGCUACCUGCGGAAUGUCACCUGGACGCUGUCCAACCUUUGUCGGAACAAGAACCCGGCACCACCCUUGACAGCGGUGCAGCAGUUGCUUCCAGCCCUGGUGCGUCUCCUGCACCACGAUGACAGGGAGGUUCUGGCUGACACCUGUUGGGCAGUCUCCUACCUAACCGACGGCUCUAAUGAGAGGAUAGACGUGGUGGUGCAAGCUGGCCUGGUGCCCCGCUUGGCACAGCUGCUAGGCUGCGGGGAGCUCUCUGUUGUGACUCCAGCUCUGCGUUCACUUGGCAACAUUGUGACUGGGACAGAUGAGCAGACCCAGUGUGUGCUGAAUGCAGGAGCCCUAACGAUGUUCAGUAACCUGCUGCGCCACCCAAAACCCAACAUCCAGAAAGAGGCAGCCUGGACAUUGUCCAAUAUCACUGCUGGCAAGGAAUCGCAGAUCCAGGAGGUCAUCAAUGCAGGCCUUAUCCCCAUCCUAGUGGAGGUCCUCCAACAGGGAGACUACAAGACCCAGAAGGAAGCAGUGUGGGCUGCCACAAAUUAUACCAGUGGUGGAACAGUGGAGCAGGUGGCCUACCUGGUCCAUUGCGGUGUGCUGGAGCCUCUGCUCAAUCUGCUGACAGCCAAAGACAGCAAAAUCAUCUUGGUCAUUCUGGAUGCAAUCUACAAUAUUUUACAGAUGGCAUACAAAACAGGGGAGCAUGAGAAAUUGGGCCUAAUGAUUGAGGAGUUGGGUGGUCUGGAAAAGAUUGAGGCACUGCAGACCCAUGACAAUGAAGCCGUCUACAAGUCCUCUCUCAACAUUAUAGAAAAAUUCUUCUCUGAAGAUAAUGAAAAUGAUCAGUCCGUGGUUCCUGAAGCCACUGCCGAAAGCUACACCUUCCAGGUCCCUAAUGACCAAAGCACUUUCCAGUUUUAACCUGUCCAGCUUGAUCUUUGUAACAUGAAAAAAAGAACAUUCUUGUUGAUAUUUUUGUAAUUUUUUUUAAAGAAAACAUUUCAUCCUUGUACAUCACAGUACAAGGACAAAACAUCCCUCUUUUAAAGAGAUAUUUGUAAAUAAAUGUCCUUCAUGCAAAUGUU